GCGCGAGAGGCACAACGUGAGGGAGGUGGCUCCGCGUAACUUUGAGCCAACGUUCGCAAAUUAUUGCCAUUUUGACUUUUCUCUUAGUGAUUCCGACAUCCGGAAGUGCUAUAAACUUAUUAAACCUUCAUUACAGUGUUAUUUCAUGCUUGAGAAACUGGGUCAUAGUGUUUUUAUUACGCGUGUGCAAAUUUUCUUCAAAAUCUUCAGCAGCCGAUAAGAACAGCAUGUGAUGUUGAAUCGUAACAACGAAAACGUCAGUUGUGAUUGAGCCUGCGAAAGUGUUACGCAAAUGCUCGGUGCCGUCUUCUUCCUUCUUCUCAUUUUUAUCAGUGUUUGGGGGGAUCUGUUGAAGGGGGUGGACGUGCCCCUGUAUGCAUUCGCUGGGGGUCAAGCUACCCUCAGUUGCUCCUUCGACCUCCAGGCAAGGAAGUUGUACUCCUUAAAAUGGUACCACAAUGGCACAGAAUUCUACCGGUAUGUCCCCACUGAGAGGAAAGCGCCAAUCAAUAUCAAGCCCAGUCAUACCUUCUACGUUACAGAGCGCUUCCGUAACGACAUGCGCGUGACCUUGUCUCUGACCCGGCUUAAUGUCUCUGCAUCAGGUCAUUACCGCUGCGAGGUCAUUGCUGAACAUCCAAGCUUCACCACAGACGCCGCCACGGCCUCCAUGACUGUUCUGGAGGAGCCUUUAAGGCCACCCACGCUGGUGGGAGAACGUGAGAUCUACGAGCCGUCUGAGAUGAUCAAAGUUGGUUGCCAGACGCAGAGGCCUCACCAGCAAGCCCUUGAAGCAAAGUUGCAAUGGUUUCUUGACGGAAAUCAGGUGGACAAUGAAUGGGUGACGCCCUAUGGGGGAGGAACCAGCCAGACCCGAUAUGGAGUAUCUUUACAUGUCCCAGGGGAGCAAAUUUACGCCAUGGGGGGCGCUGUCAAAGCCGAGUGUCGCCUGACCCUUGGGCCUCUCGAGGUGAGCUCCUCCAAAACUCUCCAGGUCAGGACUCGGAUAACUCGCUUCUGGACAAUUACUACUCUUCGGAUGGAGAAGUGCUCGUUCCAGCAGCAAGGCGUUACCUCUUCUUGUUUGUACUGUUAGCUUUAUUAUUCCCUGGUGUGUAGGAGUAGCUGAUUUUUAUUUUCAUGUAGUUGGCAGAGUGUCUCCAUUUCAUAUAGAUAUAUCCUCACUUCAUAGGUUUUAUGUACCUGUGUAAAUUGUCUGUAAAUUACCACCGUGAAAGUCAUGCUGUAUGCAGAGUAUAAGUAAAAGAAGUUUAUCAUGAGACCCGAAACCAAAUUAAAAUGCCUCCACAUAUUAACGUAAAGUUACUUACGAUGAUUUAAUCACAAUUUCAGUAUUUGGACGGUUUUUUAAUUUCACUACUGUUGUCUAAUGCUGUCCUGACCUUAAAGUAAAACACUAACCAUGAUUACUUGGAAGGAAAUCACUAAAUAUGUGAGAAAAGGGGCUCACAAACUUUGUAUGACGAACCAUUUGUUUUUUAUAGUACCAGUGAGUAUGGCCGACGCCGGAUCGAAUGUAGUAUAUUAAUUGACUCAACUACAAAGUCUUUUUCUACUCAUGAUAACAUACAAUGUUUAUUGCGCUAGAUACCCAUUUUAGAUUUCAGCAGACGCCAAGUAUUUCCAUUUAAAUCCUCUUUAGCCUGACAGAAUCAGAGGGUGAAUGGAAACAACAGUUAAUAGUUGCGGAGGUUACACCAGAAACAAUGAUUGCGUCGAAGCCAUGUAAGUAUUGUAAGUACGUAAUAAUAUGUGACUCCAAAAAAACUAGCAGUUCUGGGAACUGAUUCAGUAUGUGUGUGGAGUUUGAAUGAAUCUUGUGUGUCAUCAAUGGGAAUCAAUUUUAACCCCAGUUGGAAGGAAAAGGAAGGCUUCAUAUAGCAUACCUUAGAACAGUGAGAUAAUUUCCAGCGUAGCUUAAACGGAACGAUCGGGAAUUGUGGACAGCAGUCUAGAAAAUAAGUUACAAUAGUUUUCAAGGCGAUCUACAAAUGUAGACGGUAAAUAAUAAUAUAAUUUAAUAUCUAAGGGCACCGAACAUGAAACACACUAAUAGUAAGAAAAAGUAUACAACUAAGAAUUCACUUACAACUGAAAGUAUUAAGAAACUAUAGAGUACCCUUUCUUUCCUACUACGCGUAUCGCGUCAAGUAAGAUAGACUUACUUCUUUUAUAAUUGCCCUAUGCGUAUUUAUCGCUUUUAUUCCGUUCUAUGAAUCAGUUAUUCAGUUGCUUUUGAUAUCCUUAGAAUUUUACCCAGUUGAGGCAGAGGGUAGACUGUCUUUUGAACAUCAGACUGAAUCGAAUUACCUGGAGAAUCUUAGUGCAGAGAUGACAGCAGGCUAGGCAGCAGAAAAUGGUGAGAGCAGUCAGAGAGAACACUUAGAUCUUAUGGUAACUGCUUUCAUGGGUAAUGAAGGAGGAUCUGGAGAAAUGAUGGCUGAUUGUCGGCUGUUGUUAUUCUGGUCAUAGACUCUUCUAGAGAAGUCCACAAGCAAAUAGAUAAGUAAUUAUAUUCUAAAAUAACGAUUUCUAAGCAUUUUUUUAUCCAUCCAGACUGACACAGUGACCAAGUAGAAGUGUCUCGUUACACCUCUAUAGAUCAUGCAAGCAAUUAGGCAACUGUAGAAUUGUAUAUCAUGAAGUAUGAUAGCGUAAACAUAUCGUUAACACAUUGGCCGCCAUGAACCUCAGCGAAUAGGAAAAGUACGUGUAAGGCAACUGAGAUGGAAUAAUUCAAAGACAAUUCUGCCCUUAGAGCAUCCGUAGAAUAGUAUGACUUAAGCUGACAGGCGACGGAAUUACAAACGGGAAACAGAUCAGGCAUGUUUAGGAAAUGAAGAGGCAGAUAUCUUCAUCUUGAUAAUAUUGUCGGAAGUAAGGUAAACGUCUUAUCCAGUGUUUUAGUUACAUGAUAAACUUUAUCCCUAGCCACUUUUUAAUAUUAACUGUAAAGUAAAAGAAAAACAAUACUGAAAUAUGUUUCAUUCCAGUUACUCUUUUUUUAUCACCUUUUAAUACUUCGUAAUGGCGUUUAGGCCAAGAUAUCAUUGUUGUACAAGUCAAGCUUGGUUACGACAAGAAAAGUAAGCUGAUGGACUUUUCCUUCAAAGUGAUAACAGUUUUGUCUGUUCGACAGCAGAUAAAUGUAAGGACUCAGAAAAUGCAAAACGAACAGAGGUUUCCACACAUUCUGAAAGUGCCACUAUGCAGCUGCUCAGAAGGGUAUUUGCCUACCCAACUCAUCCUAAGCUGUCCUAGAUAAUAAUUGGCGUAGAUAAAAGAGGUUAAGCUCGAGUCUAGAGAGCCUUUUACAGUUGGCACUGAAUGAUUCAUUUACCGUCAGCAACGGGUGGUAGGGAAAUUCAAAACAAAAGGUUAGUUGUUAUUUAAAAAAAGAAAAAAAAAAAA